AUGGGAGAUGUCUACUACCAAAACUUGGAGGCGAAAACAGGUAGAUUAGAGAGAGUGAUUUGGGGUUCAAAGUUGAUGCUUUUUUCAGUUGGGAUUGUUUCUACUUUCGUUCUGUUCAAAGUGGCCAUAAUUCCUUUCACAUUCAGCUUCAUUUUCUCUCUGUUUUCAUUUCUUCCAAAGCUCUGGAUUUUCUUCAGAAGUUGCCUUUCUCCUCCCUAUAUUUACAUCCUUCUCAACUUCAUCAUCAUCUCCAUUGCCGCUUCUUCAACUUUCGCUCAGCAAAACAGCCCCCAACCAGUGGAAAAAGUCAACAAGAAAGUCGUUUCCGAGAACAAAUCGCCUUCUCUAAAGACCCAGAACUUUCAAAAAAGUGCAAACGACCCCCAACAGCAGCGGCCGCCUCAUGAUGACGAUCUCUGGUCUUUAAUGACUCAACAUCAUGUUGAUGAUGAUGAUGAUGAAGUUAGAGAUGAAAACCCCACUUUGUCCACUGUCAAACUCGCCGACCCAUCUCAAGAAACCGCCUCAAACGCCGCUUCAGUGGAAGAUUUCACCAAAAAAUCUGAGGAGUUAGCUCAGGAAACUCUUGAAGACGCAUGGAGAUUGAUCACUGAAGGCCGGGGAAAACCUCAGAACCGUCACCUGAAGAAGAGUGAGACUUGGUACACGCCGCCACUGGCUGCCGUAAACUCCGCGAAGGAGGAACAAGCUGGCGGAGAACAUUGUGAACACCGUCCUGAUAGCGAUGGUGAAGAUGGUAGUGACAAUCCUGAGGAUCACGUCGCGUGGGCCAAGCGCGAGCUGAGGAAGUCGGAGACUUUCAAUGACCGGGCGUCUCUCAGGAGGGAGAAGUCGAUGAGUCAGGACGAGUUGAAUCGGAGGGCCGAUGCUUUCAUCAAGAAGUUUAACAAUGACAUGAGGUUGCAGAGGCUGGAGUCUCACCAGCGUCAGAUAGCGAUGGUUAAACGCAACGUUUAA